AUGAAAGUUGCAUUUUUAGGACCAGAGGGUACCUACACUCAUCAAGCUGUUCUACAACAAUUUGGGUCAAAAAUAGAAAUAUCGCCACAACAAUCAAUUGGAGAAUGUUUUAAUUGUAUAAACCUGAAAAAAGUUGAUUAUGCAGUGGUACCAUUUGAAAACAGUACCAAUGGACAAGUUGUGUUUACAUAUGAUUUAUUAAGAGAUUGGUUUUUAAAUCAAAAAUGUGAUUUUAAAGUGGUGGGAGAACAAUUUGUAUCAAUACAUCAUAAUUUAUUAGGUAAUGGACCAAUUGAAGAAAUAAAGACAAUAUAUUCACAUCCACAAGUUUGGACACAGGUUACAAAGUUCCUAAAAUCAGUACCCAACGUUACUAAAAUAGAUGUUUGUUCCACAUCAAAAGCUGCAGAAUUAGUCAGUUUAGCUGAUUCUUCAUCAGCUGCAAUUUCAUCAAUAAUGAGUUCACAACUUUACAACCUCCCCAUAAUUCAACAAAAUAUAGAGGAUAACGAAAACAAUACUACAAGAUUUUUAAUUCUUGGAUAUGAAAUACCAGAACCACAGAAUACACAAAAAAUUACAUCAAUUAUGUUAACAUUACCCCAUGAUGACCCAGGAGCAUUAUGUGAUGUAUUAGUAAAAUUUAAGGAAAACCAAAUCAAUUUAACAUCUAUAAAUUCAAGACCAUCAAAUUUAAAACAAUGGCAAUAUGUAUUUUUUGUAGAAGUAAUGGGGGAGUUGACAAAUGAAUUAAAAGUUGAAUUUGAAAAUUCAUGUUUGAAUUUUAUAGUUUUAGGAGAAUUUUAUAGAACCACUGUCUAA